CUGAUCGACCGGUCGACACAAUACACAUUUGUAUGUACGUGUAAUUAAGAAUAUUGUCGCAACAAAAGCACAAAUCGGGGUAACGAAAAGCACGACAAGAUGUAUAAAAAUCUGGAAGAGCACAACCGGCUGGUCAACAAAUAUUUAAAGAUAUUCUUUGUAGUUGCAUUAUAUUGGUGCACCUCAAUAUUAACAGUAUUCGUGAAUAAACAUCUGCUAAGCAGCGACACAGUCAAUUUGGGAGCACCUCUGUUCAUGUCCUGGUUUCAGUGCGUCAUCUCUACCAUCAUCUGUUAUACAGCGUGUCGGCUGAGCCGAAAAUAUCCUAGUGUCAUAACUUUUCCCGAUGGGAACCCCUUGGAGAUUGACACAUUCCGAAAAAUUCUGCCGCUGUCGGUUCUGUACACUCUAAUGAUAGGAGCUAAUAAUCUAUCGCUACACAAUGUAACCGUAGCUUUCUACUACAUUGGCCGUUCCCUGACAACAGUGUUCAGUGUGGUUUUAUCAUGGUUGCUUCUAAGGCAACGCACUAGUUUCAAAUGCAUGCUCUGCUGCGGAGCCAUUGUGGUGGGUUUCUGGCUUGGAGUCGAUCAGGAGAGCUUGACAGAAGUGUUUUCUUGGCGUGGCACUGUAUACGGAGUUCUCAGCUCAUUGGCCCUGGCAAUGUACUCCAUUCAGACAAAGAAAUCCCUAUCUUAUGUCAACCAGGAAGUAUGGCUGCUCAGCUAUUAUAAUAACCUGUAUUCCACAAUUCUAUUCCUGCCUUUAAUUAUACUUAACGGUGAGCUGGAAACGAUUAUAACAUAUCCUCAUAUGUGGGCAGCCUGGUUCUGGGCUGCCAUGACGCUGAGUGGUAUUUGUGGCUUUGCCAUUGGCUUUGUUACAGCCCUUGAAAUUCAAGUCACCUCCCCACUAACGCAUAACAUCUCGGGCACGGCUAAGGCUUGUGCUCAGACUGUAAUCGCUACCCAGUAUUAUCAUGAUGUUCGUUCGGCACUUUGGUGGACUUCCAAUGUAGUUGUAUUGGUAGCUAGCGCCGCCUACACUAGGGUCAAACAGCUGGAAAUGUUGCGCCACCAUCAGCAGCGAAAUGCAGCCCCACAGAAAGCUUGACAAGCUUGAAAGCCAAAGUGAAUUUUACUCCAUAAGACUCUCUAGAUCUUAGCUCAAAGAAUGCACAAACAGGAUCCAUCAACAAUACAAAUAUAUAUUUAACCAUUUUCGCUAA